AUGGAGCAUCCUACAGAGCUGUAUCACUACGUAGGGCACAGCGGCGCUGCAGCAGCGCCACAGUAUGGCGGGCAGUCGGACCCGACUGGCGACAGCAGUCGCAGGUCCGUCAGCAGUCACAUCCUUGACGGAGAGAUGGAGGGCCAGAACCCAGACGUCGUUCUCAUUCUGUCCACCUGCGGCGCAGCUUUGCUUCAGGCGUGCGGUGCCGCGGCGGCCAGUGAAGCUUCCGGCCAGCGGCGAGGGCGCCUUUGGAAGGAGAGUCCAGGCCGCGGAGGUGACAACCGUCGUCCCUUCCUGGCAGACGAAGUGGUGGCCGCGGCAUUGAUAGGGGGCGGCGUCUGGCUGUGCGUCCGCCCUGCGGCCUCGGGCGCCGUCCGGCCCCGCCGCGGGGGCCCGGCGGCGCCCGGGCGGCCCGCGAGGGGCGCGGUCCAGAUGCGGGCGGAGCUGAGAGACCAGGUGCGGAGGGUGCGGGCGGCAGGCGAGAAGGAGACGCCAGCGGUUCUCGCAGUGAUCGUGGCACUCGAUGGCAGCACCGUCGCACAUCCCCAACACCAUUCGCCAGCCGUGAACCCGAACGACGACCUGCCCGUGACCAGCGAGCCCCACGACCGCGUAACGAGCGCCACGCCACGCUGGCUGACAGACGUACGGCAUCCUCUGGAGGCCUUGCGACACAGCAAAGAGAGGGCCAGCGACAACGCCAACGAGAUGACGGACAUCGGGCUCCUUUUUCCCUUCCUCAAGGUGCAGCAGCAGAACCAGCGCAUUGACGGCAUCGACACCUGCAUGCGCGACCUUGGCAAGUGCGCGCACAUUGACGAGAAAGAGCAGCAGAAGCUGAAGGCGGACAUAGAGCGCAUCCAGUCGUCCCUCGUCAUGGCCGAGGCCACGCCCCCGCCGCUGGACAUGGCGGCGCUCGCCGUAUGGGAGAGGCCGCCUGACCCGCACCUCGGCAGCGCCGGGGUCCUGAUCGCCAGCUCCCCAUACCAGCGCAGGCUCUUUCACUCCGAGGCCCCACUUUCGCGCGCGGGGGGCGGCGACUCCCUGGUGCCAUGGCCGAGGUCGCUGCCCGGCGAGCUCCGCCCUGCUGCCCAUUUUCAUCCUGUUGUACCUGGUCGAGUCGCCGCGCUGGAUAUUACGCGUGCCAACGGCGGUGCUUGCUUCGAGGCCCUGAACGUACACGUCGAUGGCAUGCCUGAUAACAAGCGCGGUGGCACCGCGCACUAUUGGGGGUGGGGCAGGGUUCAGGCCGGAGUGCGAAGGACUCAGGUCGGCCACGCUGGGAUGGGCCAGCGCUGCGUGGCGACUGGCGCCCACGAGCCUGGCCCGUUUCAGCUUGGCCGACGCCCGGCGCCCGUAGCGAGGACGCGGAGGCGGCUCCCGGGGCGCGAGAUGCCCUCUGCCGUGCUGGGGCCACUCCCACAGGCGGCCGAGCCUGCCGACCCGCUCGAGCAGCUCAAGCAGCUGGUCGCCUCGCUCGCCGCCGUCAAGGAGAAUCCCAAGGCUGCCGAGGUCGCCGACGCCCUCAGCAACCUCGUGCCCGUGCUACGCGAGCUGAUCGCCGCAUCGACGUUGAAGUCCGCGGAAAUCACAGGCCUGACCUGCACGGCGAUUAGCGAGUAUGCUCCCGACACCGGCGCUCCCUUGGUUUGCAGCAAUGUCUUCGUGGACAGCAGCGACAUUGCAGCACCUGGCGAUGGCUCAUACGUUUGGGCAGCGGACAACGAGGGGGCAUCGGACAAGCUGGGAGGCUGCGUAGGGAUAUGGAUCGAAGUGACGUUGCCAGACGAAUAUACCGUGGACAUUGUCACUAUUCGCCAACGGUAUGCGCCCCUCGAUCAGGGCGACGAGAUGGACGUGGCGCUGAAGUCUACCAGCGGCGCAGUACUGUCGACGCAGCACAUUACUUUCACAGACGUCGGCACGAGCAACCCGCUGGAGGAGGCCUUCUCGCUAACGCCCACUGCUGGUGUAAAGUCGAUCCGUUUUACUUUCACCAAGGUACUCAGCAACGACGAGGUGGUCUUGCCCAAUCCUUGGGACGUCGUCGUCAACACCCCAUCCGACAGGGACGUGGGCACCGUCACGGAGCACGCUUUCGCGCCAGCUUACGAGCUCGAGGUCGUUCCGGACUCUCUCGAGACCGCAGCUGAGCAGAGCGGAGGUGCACCCACGAUUGCUAUCCGCAGGAUCCUUGUCGCGGAGACCAAGAACUCCACCCAACCGCCUCCGAGCUACCGUAUGGGAGGCGUCGGGGGCCAGACCGUGAGGCACCUCAACGGCAUGGAGAACCCGGCGGGUGCAACGACAGUGUGGGGUUGGCAACGGAACAGGUAUUUUGCCCUGCAAGCCUGGAUGGCCACGAAGGGCGAUUCAGAUCUGAUGGCCGUCCAUGCCAGUGGGGAAGUCUUGUUUGCUGGCUGCGACGAAAGCACCAUCCUGUCUAAGUACAACCAGAUAAUCGCGGCUAACGGUGGCACCCAAACGAUUGUCAUAGCUGCCGAGGUGAGUCCUUUCCAUGCGGACCUGGGGUAUUAUUACGAUAUCUCGACCGCUGGUUUGGAUUCAACCAGGACUGGAGCCCUCUCGUAUCUGAGUGCUGCUGCCGACUGGGCCACAACUUACGCCGCUUGCACAUCUGGGGUUUGCAACAGCCCGCCCAAGUACCAGUUUGCCAACCCGGGUUUCAUCAUGGGCCCUGUCGCGGAUAUCGCAGAGAUGCUUGCCGACAUGCCAAAAUGGGCGGACACAGAGAAUCGAUUGAUCAACCAGCACGAUGGCGUAUUACCUCAGCAACACCGACAAAGUGGCUCUCGAUUUCGCCGGCACAUUGGUGAUGUCCUUGCAUAA